CGCUGAAGCGCGCGGCGGCCGUGGGUGGCGGCUCUCCACUUUCUCCCGCGGUCCCUGGCAGGCCUUGGGAGAGGCUGUGCUGUGAACCACUAGUGCGGGGCUUGGUACCCUUUGAUGGGCACCACAAUGUGAGCUGACGCCAUCUGCCACUUGUGCCAGCCUUCAUGCAGGAUGCUGUGUUCUCUGCUCCUCUGUGAAUGUCUGUGGCUGAUAACUGGUUACGCGCAUGAUGACGAGUGGAUUGACCCCACAGACAUGCUAAACUACGACGCUGCUUCAGGAACAAUGAGAAAAUCGCAGGGGAAAUAUGGGACAUCAGAUAAAAAAGAGGCCAGUCCUGACUUGCCAGAUGCUGACGAAUUGUCGGAAUGUUACAGCCAACUUGAUUCUUUAACUCAUAAGAUUGAUCAGUGUGAAAAGAAAAAGAGGAAAGACUAUGAAAGUCAAAGCAAUCCCGUUUUUAGGAGAUACUUAAAUAAAAUUUUAAUUGAAACCAGGAAGCUUGGACUUCCUGAUGAAAAUAAUGGUGAUAUGCAUUAUGAUGCCGAGAUUAUCAUUAAAAGACAAACCUUGUUAGAAAUACAGAAGUUUCUCAGUGGAGAAGACUGGAAGCCAGGAGCCUUGGAUGAUGCAUUAAGUGAUAUUUUAAUUAAUUUUAAGUUGCAUGAUUUUGAAACGUGGGUUUGGCGAUUUGAAGAUUCCUUUGGAGUGGAUCCAUAUAAUGUGUUUAUGGUGCUUCUGUGUCUGCUGUGCAUCGUGAUGUUAGUGGCCACCGAGCUGUGGACGUAUAUCCACUGGUACACCCAGCUGAGGCGUGUUUUAGUCAUCAGUUUUCUCUUCAGUUUGGGAUGGAAUUGGAUGUAUUUAUAUAAGUUAGCGUUCGCACAGCAUCAGGCCGAAGUUGCCAAGAUGGAGCCAUUUAACAAGGUGUGUGCUGAGAAGAUGGACUGGACUGGAAGUCUCUGGGAAUGGUUAAGAAGUUCAUGGACCUACAAGGAUGACCCAUGCCAAAAAUACUAUGAGCUCUUAUUAGUCAACCCUAUUUGGUUGGUCCCACCAACAAAGGCACUGGCAGUUACGUUCACCAACUUCGUCACGGAGCCAUUGAAGUACAUUGGAAAAGGAACGGGUGAAUUCAUUAGAGCACUCCUGAAGGAGAUUCCCGUGUUACUGCACAUCCCAGUACUGAUAAUUAUGGCGUUAGCUGUCCUGAGCUUCUGCUAUGGUGCUGGAAAAUCUGUUCACAUGCUGAGACCAUUAGGUGGUCCUGGAAGAGAACAGCCCCCGGCCCUUCAGCCAGGUGACAGGCGGCGGCUGCAGGAAAUUGAUUAUAGACCCCAGGCUGGAGCAGGUGAUGCAGAUUUUUAUUAUAGGGGCCAGACUGGCCCCUCUGAGCAAGGCCCUUAUGACAAAACGUAUGAGGGUAGAAGAGAUGUUUUCAGAGAGAGACAUGUUGACUUGAGACUUCAGACUGGCAACAAGAGCCCGGAAGUGCUCCGGGCAUUUGAUUUACCAGACAAAGAAGCGCGAGAGCAUCCCAAGGUGGUGCCCACUCCUAAGUCACCUAUUUUGGAUACAAAGCCCAGAGAGACUGGUGGAAUCCCAGGUGAAAGCAGCCCUGAAAGCAGCCAGCCUCCUCCGAUGCCUGAAAGCAGCCAGCCUCCGAUGCCUGUCUCCGGCCAAGAGCCAUCAGGGAGUGUGGACAGUCCUCCUGCGGCAGGAAAGGCCCCGCCCAGGACUGAUGGCGCAGGCAGCCCAGCGUGCACUGUGGGGGCCGGCAGAAGGGAUCCCGAGGGCGGCCCCUCUGGCUAGAGGACGGACUCAGACCGUGGCUCGGGUUUUGUAAAGUAUCCCCUUCACAACUAUUUACUACAAGUAUUCUGAUAUUUAUCACACAGGUGCCAACUUAAACGUUACUAUUUUUACUGACAACUACAAUUAACAAACAUGUAUUUCUAUUUAAUUUGAUUUCUUUUUUCAUCUGUUUAAUUUUAUCUUCUCUCUGAUGUUAAGAUACAUCCUACAGAGUUUUGAAGUGUUAACUUUGAAACAGCAUCUCAUAGAUGAACAUAUGGCACGCAUCACUAACUGAAUAAUUAAGGAGGCUGGUUUAAAUUAAGGACAUUGAAAAAGAAGUUUUAUUAUUUACAAGCACAUAUAGGAACCAACUAACCAAAGUGUGUGUUGCCUGUUGGAAGUCCUGUAAUACCUACUUUAGUUAACAGGAUAAUUUGUUAGUUGUGCACUGGAUUCCGAAAGUGGUACGUACUGACGAACUAUGUUUAAGGAAAGUCCACUGUUGUCAAAUUUACUCUCUCCCUGUACUUCAGCAUCUUAAUGCAGCCAGGGGGUCUGCACUGUCGGCACCCAUCCACCUGUGUCUGUGUAGGCUGCCCACAGAUCACAGUGGCUUUGUAGUUUCACGUCCUCCCUUCGUCUCUCAAUUCUUGCCUGCUUCCACAUCACCCUUUUUACUUUAUUCUUAGCUAAGACGAACUGAAGAGUGCCAGGGUAAUUUAGACAUAUCAUAGCUUGUUAAGUCAGUUUUAUAUGGUGAAUAGACUUUGAGAAUGGCUUUGUUCUUCCCCCACCAGACGAAGUGCACAGGCUUCAUAAGAUCUAUUUCUCUGGCUACUCAGAAUCCCAGCAGUUGAGACUGUUUUAAACUUUUUUUUUUUUAAGUAAUUUAUUAAUUUUGCUGGUACCUACCUACAAAGCAGUUUCACAUACUUUGUUUAGUAUUCUUUGUUUUAACCUUCAUACUAAAAAUUAUGUUCAGCUGCUUACUAAGAAUGAUACCAGUAGGAAUAGUCUUAAAUUUUUCAUUCAGGUACUUGUAUGAAAAAAAACAUAUUCAGAGCAUUUGCUUUCUGGUAAGUUUUUCACAUGAAAUGUAGAAUAUCCCUUUUUUGGGCUCCUAAAAGCAUCACUUAGAUGCCUGUAACAAUUUAAUUUUACAUGUUAAUAUUAUUUUCUAGUUUAAUAUUGCAAACAUCUUUUAGUAUUUCAUCAGAAGUAGUAAUUUUUUCCAAGAAAUACAAAAAUUAAUUUUAUAUAAAGAUUUGUAACAGGCAUAUAACAAAUGAACUAAUAAUGAAAGGAUGCCUGCAGUUUGGAAUAGAUUUGUGAACAUUAAUGCAUAUAAAAUAGUCUUCUGUGGGGGCUAGACAUGGUCACACUGGUGACUGCUCCCAAUGUGGCAUCUGUCAUCUGAGCUGUGAUUCUGAUUCUGAACAGAAAUGAAUGCCUCAGGUGGUAGACUCUAACUACAAGAGUAAAUUAAUGCAUUUUGCACUCCUGACUGCUUUUUGUCAGUCCAAAAAUGAAUCUUUUUAAAAAAUUGAAGUAAAAUUUCAUCUUUGUAUUCUUUCAUUACAGAUAACCAUUUGGGGAUGAAAUCUACUUUGUCAGCUAGCAAAGCAACAUGCUACUGUUGAAUGAUGACAGCAAUUCAGGGAAAACUAAUUAAAGCAAAUUGAACACAUCAAGGCCAGUUUAUAACUAGAAGAGAUAGGCUUGUUUAUUGUAUAUCCAAUAUUUAUCACUAAAAUCAAAGUUUAUAGUGACAAGCUUUUUGGAAAAUCAGAACAUGGUAGACAGGUUUUAAAUGGAAUAAUAUUGAAUGUUUACAGGGUUCAUGAACUACCAUAUACACAAAAUAAACACUUAUUUUUUACAUUACUGUGGUUGAUAUGCGGUCUUUGUUAAUUGAAUAUUCUUAUAAGAAAAAGCAAAACUUAUGUGCAGUUUUUAAAGGAUUCUAUCUCCAGGACAUUAUAUCCCAUACAUAAUAUGUAAAACAUAAUAUAAUGCAAGUGUUGAGUAAUCGUGACAAUUUCUGUAUGAUCUUAGAACCAAGAAUAUAUAUAUAUAUUUUUUUUUUCCCCUGACCCCUUAAUGUUACUCCAGAUUGUGUAACUUUCUUCUUUUUUAUUUUUUUAAACAUUGGUCAUUUGGAGAAGUGGUUCUCACUGCU